UGAAAGUUAGAAACGUGUUCUUUCGGCAAUCUUGGCCUGUUUGUCUUGGAAAAACACCGCAAACAGGAAAUUAUUUGUGCAAAGGAAACGCCAGCAGGGCCGGUCCUUGCGGCGGCAGCGCCGGGCACCGUUUCUCGGGACGGGUCGUGGUGGAAUUUGGGAUCGCACCUGAAGCAGGACCGCUGCCCCCUACCUUGCGCAUCUUAAUUAAUAGUAAACUUUUAAGUAGAGGAUUGUGCAGUCGGUGCCUCUCCGUGGCUGUAGAUCGGGGAACACCCGCACCCAGUGGCGGUGCUGGCGGGAGGAUCCCUCCCACAACGGGGCUCGGAACCGGGCUCCUCGCGGCCUAACCGGUCCCAUGCAGAGCUCCCCACACAGCACGGGCUGAACACCCAUGCUGCCAUCGACGUCUUUGCCGAAUUCCAAACCUGAGCCCUGUUUUGAAGCUAAGACAGGUGGAGCAGGAAGCAUUUCCCUCCAGGAGCAGGUGAGGGGCGCUGAAUGAGAGUUAAGACUCUGGAAAAGUAGUUCUCGGUCGCAUUAGUGGUGAUGCUGAGCACAGAAGGUAUGGGAGGAGCGACACUGUAGAGUGGUUGAAAUAGUAAUCAGGGUUUGUCUGACCUGUUUGUUACUUCUUUCACAGCCAAUAUGCCAGUGUCAAGAAUGCGCAUGAGGCCCUGGUUGGAAAUGCAGAUUGAUUCCAAUCAAAUACCAGGACUGAUAUGGAUUAACAAGGAUAAGAGGAUAUUUCAAAUUCCAUGGAAACAUGCAGCUAAGCAUGGCUGGGACAUGGAGAAGGAUGCCUGCCUUUUCCGGAGUUGGGCCAUUCAUACAGGAAGGUAUAAAGAAGGUGAGAAAGAUCCUGAUCCAAAAACCUGGAAAGCAAAUUUCCGCUGUGCCAUGAAUUCCCUGCCUGACAUCGAAGAAGUGAAGGAUAAAAGCAUCAACAGGGGCUCCAGUGCUGUCAGGGUUUACAGGAUGCUGCCACCCUUGACAAAGCAUCAGAAGAAAGAAAGGAAGUCAAAGUCUUCAAGAGAAGUAAGAAACAGGAGCAAGAGAAAGUGUUAUGAAGAGACAAGGCUGAAAGAGCCGGCAGAAAGCUUAACCAACCCUCCUUUGCCAGAUGACCACAGUGGCUACACCAUUCACAACUAUGCAGGGCAGGAAGUGGAGGUGGAGAGCACAGCCAUCACCUUAGACCUGUCCUCCUGCAAGGUGAGCGGCUCCCUGACUGAUUGGAGGCCAGCAAUGCAAGUCACCAUGGCUGACAGCACCAACGACCUCUACCAGCUCCAGGUGUCUCCCCUGGCUUCAUCCUCUGAAGUCACAGAUGAAGAUGAGGAGGAGAUAAAUCCAGAUAUUUUUAAGCUGCUUGGACCAGCCCAAGACUGGCACAACACCAGCAUUGGGGGGAAAGGCUUUCUCACCAAUGAAUCAGGCACCCAGACCUUGUGCAGCACCUACAGCUACAAGGAGCAGGAUGUGGACAUUAACACGACAUCAGGAGAGCUGGAUUUCAGGUUCUUUGACCAGAAAAGCAGCCUAGACUUCUCCUGGCUGGAUACAGUGAGGCCAACCAUGCAAGUCAUUCCCUGUGGAUUGUAAACCCUUGCUCCCUCCAACCACAAACUGCUCUUGGAUAGAAAUAUCAAGAAGUGUGGAAAGAAUGGAAGACAUUUUUUGUUACUGACUGAAGGAAGAAAGUGACUUUUCUAUUCAGGUUCAGUUGUAGGCCUGGAAAGGUUAGCAUGAAAAACACCAUUAUCAACGUAAAAAAGGAACCCCACCUUGCUAGCAGGACUCUGGCGCUGAAGGUGCUCAGCUGCAGCUCCUACCUUAUUGCUCUGGAGGUGAAGCUUUUGCUGGAAGGUGCUACUGUGCUGUGGAGUCUGACCUGGUGGGGUACCAGAAGCCUAGGGAGCAAGUUACCAUCCUCCCCAUGUGUGGCGUGAUGAGCACUUUACCCACAGAGUAGUUAGAGGAGACACUGCAGAUAAGUCUCUGACUUACUACUUUUGGUUGCUUCUUACCCGUGCAACACUGGUGACAUUGAGCUUAACAACUGUCAUGACACUUUUGCAGAAAAAUUUCACUAAUGGGCUCUCUUCUUUGAUUUACUCCAUCAUAUAGUUCAUCUUUCAGACCUUUCAAACUCUGUAAAUAGACCAUUUAAAUGUGAAAAUUCAGCUUAGGCUUUGCUUCCACCUUGUCCAAUCCCCAGGUGCACUCAUAGGAUGUUCUCUGCCGUAGGCAUGCCAUAUCCCUUUCCUCGUAUGAGUUCAAGAGCUGCUGCAUGAAACAAUUUUGCACUGAUAGGGGCAGAGCUCUUUAUUUUUACCAUGCCUUUUGCAAAUUUCUUCUGGCACUCUGUGGGGAUUCCUCCAGUACUGCACACAAGCUGUAACAUCCCACAGAUCCUCUGGAUCAGUAUGUGCUGGAUGGAAAUGGUUCUAUUGUGUGUGUGUGUAAUAGAUAGGAAUCAAAUCACUAAGCUGUAACAGACUAUUUUCUUGUACAUUUUAUUUUUGUAUAUAAAGUGUUGUAUAUUUGUUUUAAUAAAAUGUUUUAUAUAGUACAUGUUUACUUUUUCUCAUGGAAGAGCUCUGAGGAUGCAUUCCAGCUCCCUUGAAAAUACCCAAACAGCUGUGCUGUUGAAAGAGAGACAGUUGGAGGGGUUUUUUCAUGACUCAUGAAAGGACAGAGAGUUUAGUUUGCUCUCAUUUUCGACCCCUCACCCUCUUCCAAGUGCAGCUGAUGGAUGGAAGCCUACAUGUAAGGCAAGGGAAGCCCUGGUGCUGUGCAUUGUGGGGUAGUUGGUUUGUAUUUGUCAUCAUCUGCAAUACAGACCUGACUCAGAGCCAGGUUACAGGCUACACUAAAAAAUCCUGUACAACAAGUCCUGCUAUGGUCGUUCUUAUCAGCAAUAGCAUUGACUUCUGGGAUUAGAUAAACAGGGAAGCCCUAGUUAAGUACCUCAGGUUUGCCUAAAAAGAAAGCACAGGCACAAUUCAGAAGGCAACGGAAAAGCAAGCUGGUUUUCCCCUGAAUGUUUGAUUCAUUUUCUAU